GGAUAAUUAAAGGGGAAGUCGCCGUCUCCCGCUGAGGGUGAAGAUGGCGGCGCUGAUUCGGUCGGUGCUGAGGCCCGUUCCUCGGUGCGUCCUUCUGCGAGGGUCCGGGGCCCACCCCGGCUCCCGGAGGGCCGUCUCUAACAGCGGCCCCGACUCGGCCUCGGGUACGGCCCUGGCCGGGUCCACGGACCUGCCGCCCGGGUACGUGGGCGCGGAGCAGCCGGAGGUCAACCUGUACGACCAGAACCCUGACUACCAUGGAUUCAGCUCCGACCCUGUGGUGGAUGUGUGGAACAUGAGGCUGGCCUUUUUCUUCGGGAUCUCCCUGGCCAUCGUGGUGGGCUCCACCUUUGUGCACUACCUGCCAGACCAUGG